AGGCUGACUCACGACGACGACGUGACAGAGCUCUGACCUGCCAUAGACUCUUCAAGGAAGGAUGUGCAAAUGUCCUGGCAAGGUUGCAGUCAAGUCAUUUAGCUGUAAAGACAACAUCCUGUUGCGUCAAGAAAGGUGUCUGAACUUUGCCCAUGUAAUCAAGAUGGUCGGAUUGGGGACAUCCCCAUCCAGAACUGUCCAGAGAUAAAUUUAGCCUGUCCCUUUGCCUUGGAUUCCCUGCAUCUAUGUCUUCCCCCUCUCUGGUUCUAAAUCAUUUGCCAGCAAUGAACACUUUGUAUAGGGGCUGAGCUUAGACAUAAUCACAACACUGGCUGGUUGAAACUAAUACACUGCACACACAGUGGAAACACAAAUAUACACCUCAUCUGAUAAAAAUGUGGAAGGAUUUAUUAGUGAAACUUUCAUUACCAAGACUGCGUAACACUCGUACGAUCUUUUGGCAUAUAGCUUCAAAACCACAAAAUAAACAGAUUAUGUCAGAUGCCCUCAUGUCCACGAUAUGUCUUCUGGCUUAUUCGUUGAUAUUUUCCUGCUUAGUUUAUAGGUUAUGUUGUCUGUAUGCCUAACUGUAACCUUUAUAUCUGUUGCUAAAUUUGUCUCCUGGCACAAGUUACGUUCCAGCAAUGUGCUUGAACUGAUGGCUCUAUUCUAAGUAUAGGCUCAGUUUCCGACCCAUAAUCAGGUGUUAUGUCAAAUUGCUUAUCAGCAUUCUUCAAAAAGAGAAAUGUCACUUGCCUGACAGAAUAAGUAUUAUUUUGGGUCUACAUAUUACCCAACUUGAGGUGUUUAAUGAGCAGCAUAUUUUAUAUAAGCAUAUUUAUAAUGAAAUAUAUGCUAUUAUCAGUUUAUAAGGUACACCUAACUUAUACCUACAUUCGUUUAUCAUGUGCACCUUCCCUAUAAUUGAAUGUUGUAAGAGUUCACUUACUGGCUGUUGCUCAACUGUUACUACACAAUUCCAAGGAGCAGGACCACCAUUAGGACCAUCUCCGACUAGAUAUUAUUUGUGUGCUGGAACAUCCAUAGCACAGCACUGACACUGACACGGACAUGAAAGUAUCUUUGUGGUUGUGGGUGUGGAUGUUUCUUGCAUCUUACCUUUUAGAAUUUGUUCCCAAUAACACACAACACAAUACAAGGCAACAAGCAAAGAGUUGUUAUAGCAUGUGCACUUGAUUGUAGCCAGUCUUUUUUUUAAUGGAUAUGUAUGCGAAUAACGUUAGUGUUGAAUCAGACUAAACACCGUAAGGCCCACUGUAGACACAGCGUUGUGAUGCAGUCAGUUUAUUUUAUAGCAUAUAAUACUCUGACUCUGUUAGAGAUCCUGUGAAUCAUUAAUUUUUUCUGGCUGUGCUACUGAAUGUGACUGUACAGUUGUGCAAGUGUUCAUUAAAAGGGUAGAACAUGUGAUGUGCAAACACUGUGUAUAUCAGAGAUAUUUAAUUUAUCAUAUGUUUCAAUAAUUGGAGUAGUUUGCUAAUAAUUAUGAUGGUGUUUAUGAAAAAAAUGUUGAUGAGAGCAUUGUGUUACCAGGCUGUCUCUGUGUCUGGAUUUGAAUAUUCAUAAAAAAAAAUGCAACAUGAUACACUUUUACUGAGUUCACUUUGCUCUUGAAAGACUGCUUUAAGUGCAGAUUUCAUUUUAGUGGAAAAUAGUUUCUUGGACAAAACUUCAGGCCCCUCUUGGGGAAAACAAAACCUUUUGCACAACUUUACAGGAAGUAAAACUAAACUUCAAAGGAAAUCAUUAAUUAACAGCUUCAUUGCAGUUACAGUUACAGAGUGUUAUAAAAGUUUACAAAGUUUUACUUCCUCUUCUAAGUUAUUUUGUUAUGUAGAUGUAGCUGCUUACUGUUGCUUCUGUUUGAAGGAGUCGGCGCAUGCGCACAACGCCCAGUGUGUUUCCGUUCCACAGCGCAACAAUGUGGGCGGGGCUCGGUUUCCAUAGUGACGCGUCCCCCUUCUAAACACUCUGCCUGACCUAUCAGUUCACCUUCAUUUUUCCCUGGUGUAAAUCUGAACAUUUCAAAAUCAUUUUGAUAUUUCUGAAAGUUUAAAGUACAGACUAGUGGCUGCUUGGGCAAAACUUUGUGCAUCUUCGUCUUAUUUUUUAAAAGUCGGCAGUUUUUUUUGAGUUAUGUUUAGUUUCCUGGGCUGAAGCAUAAAUAAUGAGGUGACAUCCUGAACCUAAAUCUGUAAAGACUGUGUUACCAUGGCAACUUUAACAGGGAAAAUUCAAUCAUCCCGGAGAGGAGAUCCUCAAACCACCCCUGCUUCUGCCUCUGCAGGGAGAGAAGGGAAGAAGAAGAGAAAAAACAAAGAGAAAAAAGAGAAAGAGAAAAACAAACCCACUUGUGAGCAAAAGAAAAGAGGACAUCCAAGCACUCCUUCCCAUUCUGAUGACUCAGAGAAACCCCAGACGCAGCAGUCAACCAACACGGAGAAGAGCAGUGACCUGAACCACGCCAAAGGCCGUGACAAAGAGAGGAGUGCAAGGAAAUGCCGUAAAGGCAAAACCACACAGACUGCAGAGGAGGAAACUCCAGCUCCAGAUAAGGAGGAUAAAAUAGAAGUAAACAGCCAAACACAGGAGAGCCUGAGGUGGGAAGGGGUUCUGGAUGAUCCGGUAGCUGAAGCAGAGCGGCUGGAGGUCUACAAAGCUAACCGGCGCAAACGUUACAUGGCAUUCAAACAGACACUAUUAGAAAAUGCCAAGGUGGCGCUAGGUUCUGAGUCAGAUGUGAAUAAACUGGGUAGAAAAUGCAAAGCUGGUUCAGCAACCAUUAUGUAGAAAUCAGUGUUGGUUUCAUUUGUUAUGUGUUCUUAAUUUUUUCCAAUUUAGCAGCACAUCAAUAUAGAAUAUAUUCUCUCCUUUUGAUAUAACAUCAAUAUACUGUAUUCACUGCUUCAAACUGCCUGCCAUUUAGCUUUGCCAAGCUCCCAGAGCCAUUCUAAAGAAAAAUGUUAAGCAUAAGAGAGAGAGAGAGAAGUUGAACAAAAUGCUUUCUUCUUAUUAUUCAAAAUUAGAAUGCACCCAAAAAGCAGGCAGACUGCAACGUUCUCAGGGACCUACGACCACAGCAAUCACAUGACAUAGUUUAGACUCUAAAUACAUUUACGUCCAGUGACCAGGAGCCAAGGGAACAAAAUUGGCCAUGCUGUCUGGGUGGGAGGGACGGCAUAUUCUCUCUCCCCUGUCAAUCACAGCGACAUUAGCCAGUCAUGGGCAUCUGUGAGCUCAUAUAUGUGGAAGAGGGCAGAUAGUGCUUUACUCCAGGUGUUUUACACCGCCCUGUGACACGACAUGAGCAGCAGUGCAACUUGCUAGCUUCACAUACCUCCGAGAAACCCUUCACCCUCCUUGGUUAGUAGAUGUUAUAUGACAGAGCUGGCUGCUGGUUGGAAUUUGCCAAAGUGGGGAGAAAAAUGGAGAAAAGCCACAUUUACACACUUGGAAAAACACGUCUACAUCUGUUGGUCCAUGUCUCUCCUGGAAGAUCCACUCCAGAGUUCUUUUCCCUUUGAGAAAUGCAGUACAAUUUUAUAUACAUUGUUGAAAAUGCACCUCAAAUAAACCUAGUACUACAUUACACAAAGCAUCAGAAUUUUUUUUUUACAUACUUUGUGUCAAAUUUUCCCAUCUUAUCUCUUAAAGCACGACUGCACUCAAAAAUGCAGUUUUUAAAUGCUUACUUUCUCUGUCCA